AUGACCCACCUCCAACUGCUCAACAAUCUUUCCAGCAAAGAAUUCCUGUCCAUGGAGGCCGAUGAUCAAGUCAGUAUCAUGUCCUCCGUCAUCUUCGCCAGGUAUAUUCUGCCAACACCUUAUCUUAUCCAUGAAGCACUCGCCCUCUCUGCGCUGCACAUGAGCACGAAAAGCCCUGAAAGCCAAGGAUUUUAUCGCCAGUAUGCCACUGGCCUUCAAACCCGCGCUUUGGCACUAUUCAACGACAGCAUCCCGGUCUUAGACCUCAAUUCCACCAAUUGCACACCAAUGUUUUUAUUCGCUUCACUGAUUGCCGCUCAUCUCCUGUGCGACACUCUUCAUCACGAAAAGGCCAACCUUGACCAUUUCAUUGAAAAAUUCACAAAUUGUUUAACGAUUCAUCAUGGGAUUCUAGCCAUCUCAAGCCAGUGCUGGGACCUCCUCCGGGAGACUGAACUCGGCCCGCGCUUGACUCUUGGGGCAGAGCUUAUGCGGGCAAAGGAUGACUGUGGGUCGGACUGCUCUGCACUCAACGAAAUGCUUGAUGCCGCAGAUAUAAGUCCAGAAUCGUACAAUGUGUAUCGGAAGGCGACAUCAGAGCUUCAAAAAGUCUUCGAUGCUGAGCGUGCAUAUCCUGCGAGCCAAUUUGACAGCCAAUUGGUGUCUGCUUGGCCGAUCAGCGUUUCCUCCGAGUAUAUAGACCUACUCAGGCAACAAACGCCUCAAUCUCUCAUUAUUCUCGCAUACUAUGCAGUAUUACUGCAUCGGUCCCGACACUCGUGGCUCUAUGGAGAAGAAGGUGGGCGCUUUCUUAUUGAAUCCAUCUGUGGACGUCUUGAGGCCACUUGGCACGACUGGCUGAAGUUUCCAAAAUCUGUUUUGUUGGCAUAUCCAGCUACUUGA